UUCUACAAAAUCUGACAAGUGAACACUGUGGUUUGUAACAGGGUAGAAUACUCAUCGCUCUACAUGUGCAAAUCUAAAAGAGGAAUGAAGAGAGAGGAGAGCAAGGAAGCGUACAAGUUACCUCACAGAUUGAUAGAGAAGAAGAGGCGAGACAGAAUUAAUGAAUGUAUCGGACAGCUGAAAGAUUUGCUCCCCGAACAUCUUAAACUGACGACGCUCGGGCAUUUGGAAAAGGCUGUUGUUCUCGAGUUAACUUUGAAGCAUUUAAACACACUAACCGCUGUCACUGAACAACAGCACCAGAAGAUCAUUGCAUUGCAGAGCGGAGAUCGAUCGACGAAAACCUCCAUUCAGACUGACUUAGAUGCUUUCCAUUCGGGCUUUCAAACGUGCGCAAAAGAAGUCAUCCAGUACCUGAGUAGGUUCGAGAAUUGGACUGCGAGGGAGCAGAGAUGCACGCAACUCAUCAACCAUUUGCACAAAGUUUCGGCACAAUUUCUUCCCAGCGCGCAGCUUCUGUCGCACCAGCUAUCAGACAGCAAAGGCGCCGCCGCCGUCCAAGAGCACGACGGCCAGAAAGCGGAAACCCAGGCGAACUGCGUGCCAGUCAUCCAGCGGACUCACAACGGGGAGCUUAACGAGAACGACACGGACACGGACAGCGGAUACGGCGGAGAAGCUGAGAAAUACGAAGGGAAAUUAGACAAAGAAUGUAAUGGCGGAAAGUCGCAGGGACUCAAGCCAGUCAAAAUAAAGCAGGAAUUCGGGGAUGACCAUCGUGCGAAGAAAACCAAAUUAGACUCGUCAGGUGUUGCGAUGGGGAACCCAGAUCCGAGCAGCAGACCUGACGUGGCUUUUUUAAAUUCGUUGAUGGGACUCGGGGGUGUACCGCUCGGACAGCAAACGCCUUUUUGCAUGCCUUUCUACUUCAUCAACCCCUCAGCCGCAGCGUCUUACAUGCCUCUGUUUGACAAGUCCAAUUUAGAGAAAUAUUUCUACCCAGGUACUGCAGCGGUAGCCAAUCCAUUCCCGUUGCUCUACCCUGGAUUCCCCGCACAGGCUGCAGCGGCCGCCGCUGCCGCAGCCGCUUUCCCCGGGUUGACAUCAGCACUCUCGCUGGAGAAAAGGUGCGGGUCCGCUCCCGUCUCUCAGAAUAGCGACUCUCCAUCUCCUGCCUUUGACCAGCCUCCUGGCUUUGACACGUCGAACGAUCUGGAAGAGUCCUCACCUGCGGCGAACCAGCAGAGUUUAGAUGAUGAAAACUCGGACAACGAGUCCCCGAAGACUGAAAAUGAAGGGACAUAA